AUGACUUCGUUUUGUAAAGAGAAUCGAGAUCUUAGCUGUUUCUUGGUUACCAAGCAUUCGUGGAAAGGAAAGUAAGUGUUUGAUUAUGUUACCUUUCCAGCUAGAUGCAUUAAAUUCUUUCAGAUACCGCCGUAUCUUUUCUGUCGGAACUCAUGCCGUUACCACUUACAAUCCUGACAAGUUGGAGAUUACUAAUCAAGUUUGUUUUUCUAUUGAUUGUUUUGUGUUUAGAAAAAAGCUGGUUGCUAUCAUGUAUUAAGUUUUAUGUUGCAGUGGAUGUACAAUGAGUUUAUUUCGAUCCGACCCGGACAGCGCAGUCCCAGCAGUGAUUCUCGUGGUGAUGAAUUCAUCAUUUUGGUUAGGAAGAAGGGCAAGAGCGACAAUAUGAGGUUUUCUUCCGAGUUCACCGAGGAAAUUCUCGCCCAAACCCUGUUAUUCCAGGAUAAGUUCGGCGAGAAACCCAUUGGAAGAAGGGUGAGUCGUUCAUAAAUCAAAUAAAAUUAAUUGGUUUAUUGAAUUAAUGGGAAGUUAUGAUAGUGUAAAGUCUUUAAAGAGAUAUUGCUAUUUUAGAGGUUUAAUGGUUACAAGUAUGGCUGGGCUAAUGAGAGACAGUCAGUGGUCAUCGAUCUCGGCCCAAACGGAAUAAAUCAAGUAAAUGAAAAAGGUGUUAGUGUCAAAGUUUACCAAUAUAACCACAUAAAACACAUUUAUCGAGUCUCGGAUUGCCCUGGAGGAUUUGUUAUUGAGAUUGGGGAUCAGCAUAGAAGGCAUUUGUUUGCUUCACAAGAGUCUGAAGAAAUCAUCAAGGAGUUGAGACAAUUGGCGUUGGAAUGUAUGGGAGUCCUUGUUAACGUGGCCAAGGAUCAUCUUUGUUUUGAAGAUUUUAUGGCAACAAGAUUGGGAUUGUGCAGGUAAGCUAUUAACUUUGUAUAUUUUAUAAUUUUUUGUUAGUAAGGAUGAACAGAUCACGUCUUAUGUUGAAUUCGAAGUUCGAAAAUACAGUCCUCGAAGUGAAGAACCGACCAGAAGAUUGUUAUGCUUAUCAGAGACUUGUCUCGUAGAGAGAGAUCAGCGAACGUACGGAGUUGUAUGUGCCCGCUUUUUGAAAUCUGUAAGUUAAUUUUUCAAUAUGACUGUUGUGUUUUAGAUAAUCUGUUUGUUCCGAGAUCCCAAUGAUCCUCAAACAUUCAGAGUGGAAUAUGAAAACGGUGAUCAGCGGACAUACUCUUCAAAAGAACGGUAGGAUAUUUGUUCUAUUGUUGUAUUACAUCUUUAGGGAUCAAAUAUUAUCCACGCUUAUUGAUGGAUCCCGAGCUUCUGGCAAUUAUCAGAUAUUUAUUUCUUCCCGAAGAUACGAAAGAGAUCUUCGGUUACUCCCAUUCAAACAACUGCUUGACGAAGAUGGCGAAGCCCAACUUCUGAAACACAUUGUGGAUGUCCCACCGGGUUUACGAAGAUCCGACAUGAUCCGUCGCUUUAACGCCAACAUUCCCUACAACGGUCUCACUUAUUCUCAACCCAAAGAUAGCUUCUUCUCGGAUAAUAACAAGAGCAGAAACAUAGUAAAUUGCCUGGAAGCAGUGUUGGCGGAGAGUUAUCCUCCUGAUGAACCGAUGUCUUUACUAAAAUGUGAAGCUCAGAUGGCUUGUUUACAUCGACUUUUUGCAUCAAAAGUGGGAUUCCAGGCAUUCACUGCCGUCAAUGGGUAAAUAAUUUUUGUGCGAUGAUGGUUUUAUAUUUGUUUUCAGCAUCCGUGAAAAGCUUGGAAAUCUUGUCGUCAAUGCAUUGGCCAGAAAAAGUGAGGCGAUUGAUUACGCAACAGUUGAGAUGUUAUGUUCCCUGAUGCAACCCAUGCAUCCAAACUAUGAACUAAAGUUGGAGCAACUGAACAAGCAAUCUCUUUUGUCGACUAAGGCGUUUGUUGAGCAUCUUCUUGACUUGAUUGUUCAUCAUGUGGUAAGUGUCCCUGAUUAGGGUUAUUUUGAAGUAUUUAUUUCAUAUUUUCAUCAUAUUUUUUAGAGUCGCGGAACUGGAGCGCUGGUUAUCGCGGCAAUGCUUGACUUCCUCACUUAUACAGUAUGCUCACCAUAUUCAGAAACUACUACGGGAGAAAUUUUCGACAUGAUAAUCGAAUUGGUGGCGGUCAGAGGACGAUCUUUCUACCGUCUCUUCCACAACUCAUGUCUUACAAUUGUAAAAGGAGCCGGGCUUGUAAUGCGAGCCAUUAUCGAAGAGAGUAAUCGCGACAUCUCGAAACAAAUGCAGGCUUUAUCGCUAACGGAAGGAGCUUUUCUCAAGCAUCUGGAAUUGGCAUUGUUGUCAUCGGGAAAGGAUCUAAGGGUGUUAACCAAUAAACAACUCUCUGGACAUCUGAUUUCCCUUUGGAUCGCUGAAAAUUCGGCCGCUAUGGAGCUUUUGAAGAGAUGCUUGGUAAGAUUUUGUACAAUCUCGAAGUGGGAUAUUGAGGUAUAAAGUUUAAUUACACAUUGCUUUAGCCUCGAGGUCUCUUGGAUUACUUUGAAUCGCCAGACAAACCGCCAGUCUCGGAAAAGGAUCUCCUUCUGAUCAGAAACAAUCUUGAAGCAGCACAACAAGAGAGCCAACAGUCCGCUCUACAAGCUCAAUUAAAAAGCAUGCAAUACACCAUGGAAGCUAGGAUUGAAACCCUCUUCCGACAUUGGAAUAUUGAACAGAAGAUUGGAUUUAACAGAAGAGAACCGGACAGAUCAGCUCGACAAGUUGUGUUGCGGCAAAGGAAACGACAUGUCAGAGCGACGGCCAAUUGGAAGAUGUUUGCCUAUCAAUUCAACAAAGAUCAUAGUCAAGCUGAUUUGAUUUGGAAUGAGAAAACUCGGGAAGAAUUCAAAAAGGCGAUUGUCGAUGAAAUGAGACAACUUCAGGCGGAGUUGGAAUUGGUCGAAAAGGAACACACGCUUGUCUCCUGGAACCACACUGAAUUCUUUGUGAGUUUAGAUUAUAAAUUUUGUGCAUAUUUGAUAAUUGGAGAUGAACUCCGAGAUUUUAGGUGGACUACCCAUCUCUGCAUGAUGAGAUCAGAAUUGGCGAUUACUAUCUUAGAGUACUUCUUGGUGAAGAUUCCGCUUCAGCUACCCCAAUUCAUGACCCUCAGCACUUCUUCAACACUGUGUAUCAUCGAUUCUUAUUGUCAAACAGAACUGAUAUGAAAUGUUUGUGUCUGCGAGCGAUGGGCAUUGCUUAUGAACGGCAUGUUAUGACCAUUGGCCCUUUUGGAGACUCUAAAUUUAUUGUCCAGAUGCUGUCUAGAUGUGUUAAUGUUGUUGAAAGGGAUCACUUUGUAAGUGGCUUCCUUGAUAAUUGUUACUUUAUUUCAUUGAUGGUAAUAUGCAAUUGUUUCAGUUGUUCUUGAUUAGUAAACUUGUCCUUGACAAGAAGAAUGUCCGAGAUCUGAUUAGUGAAGGGCUCGUGCCCAUCCUGGUUGAUCUUUCAAUGUUGGCCCACCUGCAUGUGAACAGAGCUAAGAUCCAUAGUCAGGUAGGGUUGAUACUGAAUGCAUCGAAGUAUUUUGUAGACCAAUGAGAUCCAAGGUGGCGAGAACACAUCUGAAAGCGAAUCAGAAGAAUGGAAGUAUGUGGACAAGAACAAUGCCAUUCAAGGGCCGUUCUGCUUCAAAAAGGUUUGUUCUGAUUGUUCUUUAGGUAUCUUGUAAUUUAGAUGAAAGAAUUGUACAAAAAUGGGGAUAUAUUCGAAAAAACCCAGGUCUGGGCGGAGGGAUUGGAAGUGUGGAUGAACCUGUCUUCUGUCCCCCAAUUCCGGUGGACUGUUUGUGCAAAGGAGCCCAACCAAUCGGCUGGGCAAGCUUCCAAUUGUGCUCCCUUGUACAACCUCACAGAACUGGCCGUUCUCUGCCUUGAUGUUCUCAAUCAGAUGUGCGCUUUCUUCCCAUCCCGGGAUGAAUCCAAUGCCAUCGUCCGACCCAUGCCCAAGGUCAAGAAGAUUAUUUCCGAGCCAGUCAUUCUCUACCAAUUGGUCCAACUUCUCCUCACAUAUGACCCAGCCAUUGUUCAACGGGUUUCAACUCUGGUACUAGAUGUAAUGAUGGACAAUCCCAACAUAUCCCGGCUUUAUCUCAGUGGAAUUUACUUUUUCAUUCUUAUGUACAACGGGUCUAACGUUCUUCCGGUGGCCAGAUUAUUGCAUUAUACCCAUCUGAAGCAGGCAUUCAGGUCGACUUUGGUAUGUUUCUCUAGUUUUAUGUAAUACCGGUAUAUUUCUAUGGCUUUUCUUAUUUGUCGAUUUCAGGCCAAAUCCGAAAUAAUUUCUCACAGUGUGCUCUCUCCAAUUUUGCCUGAGGCUACGAUCUAUUAUCUUGAGGCCUAUGGUCCAGAGAGAUAUGCGGAGGUUUUUCUGGGAGAAUUUGAGAACCCGGAGAUUAUCUGGAACACGGAGAUGAGAAGCCACAUGAUCAGUAAGAUUGCCAUCCAUAUAUCCGACUUCUCUUGUCGCCUCACAUCUAACAUAAAGUCUCUGUACAAAUAUUGCCCGAUCCCACCAAUCGAAUAUCCCCAACUUGAUGAGGAAUUGUUCUGCCAUUAUUACUACCUCAGGCAUCUUUGCGAUGAACAGAGGUUCCCCAAUUGGGAGAUCAGAGAACCCGUUCCAUUCCUACGAUGUUGUUUGGCUGCCUGGCAAGAAGAAAUUGAAAAGAAACCGUCCUCAAUGUCCAUUGAAGAGGCUUGCAAAGAGCUGGAACUCAACCCAAAGGACGAAAAUUGGCAAGACACUUCAACAGUACGAAGAGCUUACUUUAAACUCGCCCAGAAAUACCAUCCAGACAAGAACCCGGAAGGCCGCGAGAAGUUCGAAAAAAUUAAUUUUGCCUAUGAAUUUUUGACGUCGGCUUUGAUUCGAAACAAGAACCAAUCCGAUCCGGACGUGAACAGAAUCGCCAUUUGUCUCAAAACACAGUCCAUCAUUUACUCACGACACCUGGAGACACUUGCACCAUACAAGUACGCCGGUUACACUCAUCUCAUCAGAACCAUCAACCUGGAGGCUUCGGAUGCUGCUCUCUUUUCAUCGGAUAAAUUGCAUUCUGGAAAUCUGUUGAGUGCGGCUGUGGAACUAUGUUAUUGGACAUUAAAGAGCUCCGCGUUGAAUGCCGAACAACUACGGAGGGAAACGGGUCUGGAAGCGUUGUAUAAGACGUUUGAGAGAUGUGUCCCAAUGAUUUCCAAAGGCUCCAAGGAAACGGAUAUGCCCGUUCAAGUGUGUCGUCAUGUCUGCAACUGCUUUGCUGUGGCAGCUGAGUUCGAGCAAUGUCGCGAAAAGAUCAGUGAAAUGAAGCAGAUCUUCGGAUUGUUAUGUCAUUUACUCAAAUUCGAGGUAGGUAUUACGCAAUUAUGUUGGUUAUGACUUCAACCUUUUCUGAUGAUAUUAUUUUUAAGCAUCUUCCAAACCUUGCUGUUGCUGCCGCGGAAUGUGUUUGUUCCUUCUCGGUCUCCACCCUUCUCCAGACCUUCCUUUACCAAGCUGGUGUUAUCUGGCACCUGCUACCUCAUUUGUUCCGAUUCGAUUACACUCUUGACGAAGGUGGAGUUCAACACAGCGAGGAGUCCAACAAACAAGCGGUCCAUAAUCGACUUGCCAGAAGUUCUGCUGAAGCCCUCGCUUGUCUAGCUGGCUUCCGACAGGAUACGCCCGAUAAUGAUGGUGUGCAGAACAGUCUCAACGCGUUGAUCACCAAGUUUGUCUGUAAAUUAAUGAUGGACGAUGAGAUGGAUAAGGUUCUGAAGGUACUAAACUCGAACGUAGAAGAUCCUUAUAUCAUCUGGGACAAUGGGACAAGAGCAGAGCUUAUGGAUUUUGUCGAGAAAAAAAGAACUUCUCCAGAGAACGACUUUGGAGCCGAGUUUACUCUGAGUGUGUACGCGAAGGAGCUUAUUGUUGGUGACAUCUUUGUCAGAAUUUACAACGAACAACCGGAAUUUAAACUUUAUGUAAGUCGAGGAAGCUGGUACAUUUACUGUUAUUUCAUAGGAUCCAAAAUCUGUGUGUGUGGACCUGGUCGAGUAUCUGAAACGACAUAUCGAUACUUUGAUGGGAGUGAAGAAGCCUGUUUUGAAUGGUGCACCAAAGAAGCCUACUAAUCCAGAAAAUCUAAUUGACUUAGAUGAACCAGAAGAACCAAUAAACAUCAAAGAAUCAGCCAGUCAGAUACCUCUCAGUGAGAAAGUCGAAAUGGUCUGGAAAGCUUUGGAUAAUGUCCUACUCAACUAUGCAGGUACGAUUGUGAUGCAUCAGGCCUAUGUUGAUUAUUGGUUUAGGUAUCGAGAUCCUUUUGAUUGGGCAUUUCCAACUCAUAUUUGAUUACCUCCGGCUAAACCAUCUCCAAAAUGUGCAAAUUCUUGCAUUGAGUGUCAUCUCAAAGGCCGCCAACAACAAGGAAUGUGUGAAUGAUAUCUCGUGUACGGUUCAGCUUCCCUUGCUGUUACUGCUGCUGGUGAAGAAUCCCUCGGCCGCUGAUCGAAUCCUGAGAACAUUGAUUGCCUUAUCCUCCAACGGAACUGUCGUCAAGAAUCUUCUUGAAUUUGGCGGAUUACUGUACUUGUUACAUAUCCUGAUGCAACAAAAAGGAGAUCAAAAUGAAGAGAACAGACUCCUGGUAGCAGAGUUGUUGGCCAAACUUCAAGCCGACAAGCUCAGCGGGCCCAGAUGGAGCCGAUUUAUCAUAAAGUAUCUUCCUCCCAUUUUCGCGGAUUCUCUAAGGGACAGUCCGGCCAAUGCGUAAGUGAGCAUCAAGUUGAAUACUUAUUCGAUUUUAGAAUUCGUAUGCUGGAUUCGAACACCGAGAACCCGGAAUUGAUUUGGAACGACACGAUCAGAGCCAACGUCCGCCAACAAGUCGGUCAGUCGCUCCAGGAACUGCUCACCACUCAAUCCAGAGAUCUCAAUGCCAAAUGGUCCCAGACUCUCCAAAACACGAAUGACCAGACGACGGCUUAUUCGUCUACAAUUGCAGGAGAACUAAUUGUUGGAGGAGUAUUCAUUCGCUUGUUCAACCAGAACCCGUCUUGGAUUGUCAGACAUCCAAAACAGUUUGCCACCGAACUCAUGGAGUCGGUCUUGGAGUUGAUGCAAAAACCGAAUGAAAAUCUGCAACCAGUAACUUCAGCUCUGGUGUCAUUGAUAACCAACCACCCGACAACCGUUGAUCAGGUUAGUUUGGUUUAAAUAGUAUUGCGAAUGGAGUUAAGCUUUAUGUCUAAUAGCGAAAUCAUUUUAGAUACCAGCACAAGGAUAUCUCCCUCAAUUCUGCCGAGUUAUGCACAAUCCCAACCCGGAUGCCGCCAAAUCAGCACUCCUAAUUCUCCAACAAAUGAGUGAGAACCAAUACUGUGCCGAUUCUCUGGCUUCUCAGCCGGUAAUCAAAGGAAUACAAGUAUGCAUGAGUAAACAACCUGAUCUAAUGUCUGAAGCCGCCCAUUCUCUAAAAUGCCUCACCAAGAAUCCGAAGCCAGAACUCGCUGAACAGUUUUUGAAAACCGAUAUCAUCAACAUUUUACUCAAGGUAUUAUCUGGAGAACUCACGGGAACUGGGAAUGUGUCAGCAGCCAAGGCCGAGAUUGUAGAUGCAUUGAAAAGCAUCUGCAGAGACCUGCAAUAUGGAGAAAGAAUCGAAGAAAUAUUAAAUAAGUCGACUGUAUGGACCCAGUAUAAAGACCAACGCCAUGAUCUAUUUCUACCAGCUUCACGAACUCAAGCCAUUGCAGGUAAGUAAUUAGACAAUGUUAUCUUAACUCAUACCAUACCGUUUGCAACAUAACGAAUUCUUUUUUUAAGGACCCGGAGGCGGCUCCGUUGCUGGGUACCUUACCGAUGGAAUGUUUGAAGCUCCACCCGUCCCUCCUCCACCACCCCAACACCCAUGA